AUGGCGUCGCGGCGGGACCUGAACAGGGAACCGUGCCCAGACCGCAUACUGGAUGACAUGGGGGGCGCCUUUGGCAUGGGCGCAUUGGGGGGCUUUUUAUGGCACUUUGCAAAAGGCUGGCGAAAUUCUCCCAAGUACGAGAAAUUCAACGGGGCAAUGUUUUCGGGAACUCUGAAGUCUCCAGCGGUGGGCUCGGCCUUCGCUACUUGGGGCGGUAUAUUUUGUGCCUUCGACUGCACACUGGCCUACGCCAGAGGAGGGAAGGAAGACUCCUGGAACCCUGUUAUUGCAGGGGCAGCUACUGGUGGGGUUCUGUCCAUGCGAUCUGGAUGGAGAAGUUGUGCUCGAAAUGCGGCAGUUGGAGGAAUCCUCCUUGGAAUUAUUGAAGUGGUGCAAAUCAUGUUUCUGCGCGGGACGCCCACAAUGACGCCUCGAAAGCAAUUCCAGCAGAUGAAAGAGUAUGAGGAGUUGCAGCAACAGGCAGCCGCUGGAGGCUCCUCUUCUCUAUGGACUCGGCUUAUGCCUACACCCGCUUCGGCCCCACCAAAACCCGAGCCGUCUUCAGAACUACUCCAUGACUCCGCAGCGCUGCGGUGA